UGUAUUUCUGAAGAGAUUGUAUGAAGUCAGGCCUAACCGUAUAUGGAUACGUGCAAGACACAGCAAAACUUGGGUGUGUUUUCAGGCUUGCCUAUGGUAUGAUGAAAUAGUAUUCUAAGUAUUUUUAUCACAGCCUUCUCAGUGUGUUUGUGAUCGCCGGUUUGCCUACACGUCCACUCCUCCCUGCAGGCCUUGUUCAAUUGGACAACCAUGUGGCUGGAGAUCCUGGUGGCGCUGGUAGUGGUGGUGAUGAGUGUGAGGUUCUGGUACAUGUACACGUCAGGCCACUGCACCAGCACCAGGUCCAUGGUGGGCAAGACGGUCAUUAUCACUGGCGGCACGGCAGGAAUUGGAAAGGAGACUGCACGUGACCUGCUUCGGCGUGGUGCCCGAGUCAUCAUCGCUUGCAGGAAUAUGGAGAAAGGACGCAAAGUGGCAGGUGAGCUGCAGUCUCACGGUGACGGUCGCGGCGAGGUGGUGGUGCGCCGCCUGGAUACCUCCAAUCUGUCCUCCGUCAGGACAUUUGCCAAGGAAGUGCUGGACACCGAGAAAGCCAUCCACGUGUUGAUUAACAACGCGGGUACUCCCGGCAUGGGGAAGAGACAGGUGACAGCUGACAAUCUCGAGCUGACCAUGGCGACCAACCACUUCGGCCACUUCCUGCUGACCAACUUGCUGCUGGGACGUCUGAAGGAGUCUGGUCCAAGUCGCGUCAUUAACGUGUCCUCUGUCGUACACAAGUUUCCUUCCAAAUCUAACUUGAAUGAUCUGGGGAUAAGCAACGACUAUAGCCCAUCUAAAGCUUACAGGACCAGCAAGCUGUGCAACGUGCUUUUCACCAGGGAACUGGCGGACAAGAUGGCUGGCACUGGUGUAACAGUUAAUAGCCUCAACCCAGGUAUUGUGCGGACUGAAAUGUUUGAUGCAGUGAGCUUCAACUUCAGAGCUUUUCUGUUUCACAUACUGCUUGUUGUUGCUUCUAAGGAUGCGGCAUCCGGAGCCCAGACCAGCAUCCACCUGGCGGUGUCGGAGGAGGUGGAGGGGGUGACUGGCCGCUACUUCUGUGACUGCAAAGAGGCGCCUAUGAGUGAUCUGGCAUACCAAAACGACUUGGCAACCGAGUUGUGGGAGGCUAGCGUGAAGGCUGUUGGGCUGAAGAAAGACGAGAUUCACUACUGACUGACCUGUUUGAUUUGAUCGCGCUGGUCACCGAUUACUGCCCAGCAGCUGAGCCACCCGCCAUUCCUUUCCUGACCACUCGUUGAAUUGUCUCACACCUUCUCUGUCUUCUUUCAGCGACAGAGUUGAGCUGUGUUUCGUAAUGAUUCAGAAUAUCACUGCCAGUCCUCUGAUUCUGAAACACCUGGAGAGUAUUAAUUUUGCUCGAACUAUUUUAUGAGCCGAAAAAAAUCUGGAAAUAAAUUGAUCAAUCUUAGGAAACUUUCUCUACCUGACUUUUCAGAAGUGGCAAUUGAUUUAGAUUUAUUUCUGUUUAUGGUGUCUUUCCAGCAUUCUACGUACGUUAAAAGAAGAGUGUUUAAAAGUAUUGAAUAUUCUUCUGAAAAGGCUCUAUAUUAAGUCUUUCAAUCGAGCUGUUAUCUUUUCUUUGAUUUAUUACUUUUAACUUGAUCUUUUUUUUCCCAGGUUUUUGUAGUUCAUUAUUGUUGAAAACUAAAAACAAUGCAGCCCAACUUAGGUAUUGAAUGUAGCUGCUGUGGUUAGUAUAUUUCUAAAAAAGAAAGCGAGAUUUAGAUUAUUUAAAGUGAAUAAAACAUCACACUUAUACAAUAUGAUGGGAUUUAUGUAAUUAUAAAUUAAUAAUAAAUAAAGUGAACAGAUUUUGCUGAAUUUAAACAA